AUGAUCUCUACAGCACCGCUCUACAGCGGCGUACACAACUGGACCAGUUCUGACCGGAUUCGCAUGUGCGGUAUCAACGAGGAGAGAAGAGCACCUAUUUCUGAUGAGGAGUCCACGACAGGUGACUGCCAGCACUUUGGAUCUCAGGAGUUUUGUGUCAGCAGCAGUUUUUCCAAGGUGGAGCUCACAGCAGUUGGAAGUGGCAGCAAUGCCCGGGGGGCAGAUGCAGAUGGCAGUGCAACAGAAAAACUUGGGCACAAGUCAGAAGACAAGCCCAACAGCCCCCAGCCAAAAAUGGACUGUGCUGGGAAUGUGGCAGAGGCCGAGGGCCUUUUGGUUCCCCUGAGUGGCCCGGAAGACGGGCUCAAGCUUCCCCCUACCGACAGCGCCGAGGCCGGUGGUGGCGGCAGCAGCAGGCCCGACUGCUCCUGGAUCCCCCUCAGCACGCAAAUGAGCAAACAGGUGGACUGCUCGCCUGCUGGGGUAAAGGCUUUGGACUCUCGGCAUGGUGUUGGGGAGAAAAAUACUUUCAUUUUGGCAACUCUGGGAACUGGAGUGCCCGUGGAGGGAACCCUGCCUCUGGUUACCACUAAUUUCAGUCCGCUGCCAGCACCCAUCUGCCCCCCUGCUCCCAGUUCUGCCUCCGUCCCCCCAUCUGUUCCCGAUCACUUCCAGGUUCCCCUCUCUGUCCCCGCCCCAGUGCCCCAUUCAGGGCUAGUUCCUGUCCAGGUUGCCACUUCGGUCGCAGCUCCUUCCCCUCCCUUAGCACCAGUCCCAGCCCUGGCUCAGGCGCCACCAUCAGUGCCCACACUCAUCUCUGAUUCGAACACCCUCUCAGUUUCAGCCUCAGUCUUGGUGCCUGUGCCGGCUUCUGCUCCCCCUUCAGGCCCCGUUUCCCUGCCGGCUCCAGCCCCUUCCCCCAUGUCAGUCUCAGUUUCAGCUCCUUCGUUGACCUUGAUCCAGGCUCCUGUGCCCCCUUCUGCUCCGACCCUGGUCCUUGCGCCGGUCCCUACUCCAGUUCUGGCUCCCAUGCCGGCAUCCACACCUCCAGCAGCUCCGGGCCCUCCAUCAGUGCCCAUGGCCACUCCAACCCCAUCCUCUGGCCCACCUUCCACCCCUACCCUCAUCCCCGCCUUUGCUCCUACACCAGUGCCUGCACCUACCCCAGCCCCAAUCUUUACUCCAGCUCCUACACCCAUGCCGGCUGCCACGCCAACUGCCAUUCCCACGUCUGCACCCAUCCCGGCCUCCUUUAGUUUGAGUAGAGUGUGUUUUCCUGCAGCUCAGGCACCAGCUAUGCAAAAAGUCCCUCUGUCUUUUCAGCCAGGGACAGUACUGACACCGAGCCAGCCACUGGUAUAUAUCCCACCUCCGAGCUGUGGGCAGCCACUCAGUGUGGCUACACUGCCAACCACUCUGGGGGUCUCCUCCACUCUUACACUCCCUGUCCUACCAUCCUACCUACAGGACAGGUGUAUCCCUGGCGUGCUGGCCUCCCCAGAGCUCCGGUCUUACCCAUAUGCAUUUUCUGUAGCCCGGCCUCUGACUUCAGAUUCCAAGGUGGUCUCUCUGGAGGUGAACAGGCUUCCGUGUGCUUCCCCAUCCAGCAGCACCAGCACCCAGUCUGCGCCUGAUGGGGCCCCCAGGCCUUUGGCAGAUACUUCCCUCUCUACUGCUUCUGCCAAGGUGCUUCCAACGCCACAGCCUUUGCUGCCAGCCCCCAGUGUGAGCUCAGCCCCACCGCACCCCGCCAAGAUGACAGGUGGCACUGAGCAGCAAGCGGAAGGGACAUCCGUGACCUUCUCUCCCCUCAAGUCACCUCCGCAGCUGGAGCGAGAGAUGGCCUCUCCAUCUGAGUGCAGCGAGAUGCCCCUCGACCUCUCGUCUAAGUCCAACCGCCAGAAGCUUCCAUUGCCGAACCAACGCAAGACACCUCCCAUGCCCGUGCUGACCCCUGUGCACACCAGCAGCAAGGCCCUCCUCUCCACGGUCCUCUCUAGGUCUCAGCGUACGACCCAGGCUGCCGGCAGCAACGUCACCUCAUGCCUGGGCUCCACUGCCUCGCCCUUCGUCAUCUUUCCUGACAUAGUGAGGAACGGGGACCCGAGCACCUGGGUGAAGAACUCAACCGCGCUGAUCAGCACCAUUCCUGGCACCUAUGUGGGAGUGGCCAACCCAGUGCCUGCUUCCCUGCUGCUGAACAAAGAGCCCAACCUGGGCCUCAAUCGAGACCCCCGCCAUCUCCCCAAGCAGGAGCCCAUCUCCAUCAUCGAUCAAGGCGAGCCUAAGAGCACCAGUGCCUCCUGUGGCAAGAAGGGAAGCCAGGCUGGGACUGAAGGACAGCCAAGCACAGUCAAACGUUACACCCCAGCCCGCAUUGCCCCAGGGCUGCCGGGCUGCCAAAGCAAGGAGCUCUCUCUGUGGAAGCCCACGGGGCCAGCAAAUAUUUACCCGCGGUGUUCGGUCAAUGGGAAGCCCACCAGCACCCAGGUCCUGCCUGUUGGCUGGCCAUCAUACCACCAAACAUCUCUGCUUUCCAUUGGCAUAUCCAGUGCCGGGCAGCUGACCCCCAGUCAGGGGGUGCCCAUCAGGCCCGCCAGCGUUGUUUCCGAGUUCUCUGGUGUGUCAUCUGUUGGCCCCAGUGAAGCAGUGCACGGACUUCCUGAGGGGCAGCCGCGGCCUGGGGGUCCCUUUGCUCCAGAGCAGGACACUGGCACGAAGAACAAAACUUGCCGGAUCGCUGCCAAGCCUUAUGAAGAACAAGUCAACCCUGUCCUUCUGACUCUCAGCCCUCAGACGGGGACUCUAGCGCUGUCUGUUCAGCCUAGCAGUGGGGACAUAAGAGUGAGUCAGGGGCCAGAGGAAUCCGAGAGCCACCUCUGCUCUGAUGGCACUCCUAAGACAGAAGGCCCCCAGGGGACUUGUGGCCUGAAGCUGGCAGGAGACACAAAACCUAAGAACCAAGUGCUGGCCACCUACAUGUCUCAUGAGCUGGUCCUGGCCACCCCCCAGAACCUGCGCAAGAUGCCUGAGCUGCCUUUGCUACCUCAUGACAGCCGCCCUAAGGAACUCAUCUUGGACGUGGUCCCAAGUGGCAAGAGGGGCUCCAGCACAGAGCUUCCACAGCUUGGAAGCCAGGUGGACCUGGGGCGGGUGAAAAUGGAGAAGGUGGACGGUGAUGUGGUCUUCAAUUUAGCCACCUGCUUCCGGUCGGAUGGCCUCCCAGCAACUCCCCAGAGGAGUCAAGUCGAAGUUCGGAGUAAGGCUGCACAGACUCGAGUAAAACAGGAAAGCGUAGGGGUCUUUGCUUGCAAGAACAAGUGGCAGCCAGACUCAGUGGUGACCGAUGGGGUGACCGAAUCUCUGCCGUCUAAGAAAAUGAAAUGUGGCAAAGAGAAGGAUGGUGAGGAGCAGCAGCCACAGGCAAAGGUCAUAGCCCGGAGUUCUCAUGGACCCAAGUGCCGGAAGCCACCUAGUGACUCCCAGGAAGUCACCAAGAAAAGCCCCAAGGAGGCUGCAGAUUCAGGAAAAGAGCACAAUGGAGUCAGGGUAAAGCACAAGCACCGGAAGCCAACCAAGCCAGAGUCCCAGUCUCCAGGAAAACGAACAGAUGGCCAAGAGGAAGGUUCCUUGGAGAAGAAAGCAAAGAGCAGUUUCCGUGACUUCAUCCCUGUGGUUCUGAGCACCCGGACGCGCAGUCAGUCUGGAAGCAUCUGUAGCUCCUUUACUGGGAUGGCAGACAGUGACAUGGGAAGCCAGGAAGUCUUCCCCACAGAAGAGGAAAUGGAGGUGACCCCCAUCCCAGCUAAGCGUCGGAAGGUGAGAAAGACCCAACGGGACACCCAGUAUCGCAGCCACCAUGCCCAGGAUAAGACUCUGCUGAGCCAGGGCCGCAGGCAUCUGUGGCGAGCCCGAGAAAUGCCCUGGAGGACAGAGGCUGCCCGGCAAAUGUGGGACACCAAUGAGGAAGAGGAGGAAGAUGAGGAGGAUGGUCUGGUGAAGAGGAAGAAACGGAGACGGCAGAAGAACCGAAAAUAUCAGACUGGGGAGUACCUGACCGAGCAAGAAGAAGAGCAGCGGCGGAAAGGGAGAGCUGAGUUAAAGGCCCGUAAGCAGAAGACUUCCUCCCAAAAUUCAGAGCACCACCUCAGGAACAGGAACCUUCUCUUGCCCAACAAAGCCCAAGGGAUCUCGGAUUCACCAAAUGGCUUUCUCCCGAAUAACCUGGAGGAGCCAGCCUGCCUUGAAAAUUCAGAAAAGCCAUCAGGAAAACGAAAGUGCAAGACCAAGCAUAUGGUAAACGUCUCAGAAGAGGCAAAGGGCAAAGGACGUUGGAACCAGCAGAAGACACGAUUUCCCAAGUCUCCCACCUCAGCGAAAAACACGGAACUGUGCACACCCGCUAAGUGCCGAAGUGCCAGCCUAGAGGAGGCCUCAGAGUCCCCAGCAGCCCUGCAGAUUCCUCCAGAGGCACGUCGGCUCAUAGUGAACAAAAAUGCGGGUGAGACCCUCCUGCAACGGGCGGCACGUCUUGGCUAUAAGGAUGUUGUUCUCUACUGUCUCCAGAAAGACAGCGAGGAUGUGAACCACCGCGACAACGCUGGCUACACAGCCCUGCAUGAGGCCUGCUCCCGGGGCUGGACCGAUAUUCUGAACAUCCUGCUGGAACAUGGGGCCAAUGUGAACUGCAGUGCGCAGGAUGGCACCAGGCCAGUUCAUGACGCAGUAGUCAACGACAACCUGGAGACCAUCUGGCUCUUGCUGUCCUAUGGGGCUGACCCGACACUGGCUACCUACUCGGGGCAGACAGCCAUGAAGCUGGCCAGCAGCGAUACCAUGAAGCGCUUUCUCAGCGAUCACCUUUCGGAUCUUCAGGGCCGUGCAGAGGGUGAUCCUGGUGUAUCCUGGGACUUCUACAGCAGCUCCGUAUUGGAUGAAAAAGAAGGGUUUGCCUGUGACCUCCUACAUAAUCCCCCUGGGAAUUCUGAUCAGGAAGGAGAUGAAGGCGAAAAGGAUGACUUUAUGUUUGAGCUCUCAGAUAAGCCUCUUCUCCCGUGCUACAACCUCCAAGUGUCAGUGUCCCACGGGCCCUGCAACUGGUUUCUCUUUACUGAUGUCCUGAAGAGGCUGAAGCUUUCCUCCAGGAUCUUCCAGGCCCGCUUCCCGCACUUUGAAAUUAUCACCUUGCCCAAGGCUGAGUUCUACAGGCAGGUGGCCUCCAGUCAGCUGCUGACCCCUGCCGAGAGGCCCGGAGCCAUGGACGAGUGCCCCCCAGGCUCCUCUGAGACUGUGGAGCUGGUGCGGUAUGAGCCCGAGAUCCUUCGGCUCCUGGGGUCCGAGGUGGAGUUCCACCCCUGGAACAGUUGA